CUUCGUUCGGCAAAUAAAAACAUAACCUAUAAAGCACAACUUUGUCAAUAAAAAGGAAAUAUUGUUAAAAGUGUUUUUUCUGGCAAUAUUUUCAUAUAAAUCGGUUUUCUAAAGUAUUUUAAUAUUUAAGUAGUAUUUUUGACUAUAAUUUUAUUGAAAGAAAAAUGUUUAAAAAAUUUGAUGAAAAAGACAGUGUUUCUGGAGUACAACAAUUAAAAUCUUCUGUUCAGAAAGGAAUUCGUUCUAAAUUAUUGGAACUUUAUCCUCAUUUAGAAGGUUUUUCAGAUCAAAUUAUUCCCAAAAAGGAUGCAUUCAGAAUUGUAAAAUGCCAUGAUCAUAUAGAAAUAAUGAUAAAUGGUUCAGGAGAAUUAUUAUUCUUUCGUCAACGAGAAGGACCUUGGUUGCCAACGUUAAGACUUUUGCAUAAAUAUCCUUUCUUUUUGCCGAAGCAACAAGUGGAUAAGGGAGCAAUUCGUUUUGUUCUCAGUGGAGCAAACAUUAUGUGUCCGGGUUUAACAUCAAAAGGUGCACAAAUGACGCCUGUUCCAAAAGGAACUGUUGUUGCAGUAAUGGCUGAAGGAAAACAACACGCUCUUGCUGUUGGAAUUACUACACUCUCGACUGAAGAUAUAGCCAAAGUCAAUAAAGGAGUAGGUGUUGAAAAUUGCCAUUAUCUAAACGAUGGACUUUGGCAAAUGAAGGCUGUGAAGUGAAUGAAUUGUACUAUCGAAAUUUCAGAAGAUUAAUAAAAUUUUUUUAUUUUGAAAUUGUA